CGAAAACGAAAAUUUAGUCCAGACUAAAGAGGAAAGGAAAUUAAAUAGUACGUGAAAGUCUGUGCCAAUUGUAUCGCUUCUAGAUCCUUUUCUGAUCUAGUAUUGCUUGACAGAUGAGAUAAUUUCAGCGCCUUCUUGAUAUGUUCGUUGCUCGUAUGUACGAAUACGUGUAUAUGCAAGAAACUCUGAAAUCAUGCUGUUUUAAAUAUCAGCAAUUUCAGCAUAAGAAGAAGCGUGGGGCCCAGCGUGAAGGGAGGAGAAUGUGAACUACUGUUGAAAUCGACGGCGGUGAGGGAUGACCACUGACGGUGGAACUUUUGAGGUGUGAACUAUUGUGAAGGAGAAGGGGAAGCUGUGGACGGAGUUGUGACUGGUGAUUGUGGACGGUGUGUUGAGUGAACGAGCGAACGAGAUUUGGGUGAACAAGUACUUUAACAUUGCAGUAUGGAUGAUGAAAAUGAAAGUGGGACAGUUAUAGAAGAGGAUUACUACACUUUUCUAAAUGUUUCAAAAAAUGCCACGAAUGAUGAGAUAAACAACGCUUACCGUCGUUUAAGUAAGGUGUACCACCCGGAUAAGCAUGUGGAUCCCAUUGAAAAAAAGGAAGCCGAACAUCUGUUUAACAAAACCAAAAGAGCUUAUGAAGUUUUGAGCGACCCUCAUCAGAGAGCUAUAUAUGAUAGUCUUGGUAUUCGUGGACUUGAGACUGAAGGAUGGGAGAUUGUUCAAAGGACCAAAACUCCACAGGAAAUUCGGGAAGAAUAUGAAAGAUUAGCCAGAGAAAGGGACGAAAGAAGAUUACAACAGAGAACCAAUCCAAAGGGCAGUGUAACUGUGAAUAUCAAUGCUACAGACAUAUUCAAUAGAUAUGAUGAAGAAUUUGAUUAUGAUGAACUGGGACCACGAGCAAUUCCGUUUAUUGAAGUCAGUGGAAUGUCAUUUGUGCAGUCUAUUGAAGCCCCCUUAACAUUACGUGAUACAGUUGUGAUGGCUGGCAAUUUGUCAACACACAAUGGCACUGGCUCAGGUUCUAUCAAUGUUUCUUUGCGACGGCUGUUAUCAGAAAAAGGAUGGAUAGAAUUUGAUUUGGGAGCUGGCAAUGGACCUGUAUUUUCAGUGAAAGGUUUUAGGACAUUAACAAAAAGAAUGUUCAUUAAUAUGUCUACUGUAUUCCAAUUUACUUCUCAUGGAAUAAGGCCAAGUCUAGUCACAAGUUUAGCUAACCAGUUGGACAAAAACACAGUAGGAUAUUUGACCUGGAAGGCUGGUGCACAAUCUGCCAUGUCAACUGUGAUAGUUCGUGACACCCCCAGGUCUCAUACAUCAGUGUCUCUGCAAUUUGGUAUUCCUCAUACAUAUAUAUCUCUAACUUAUACUCACAAACUUGAAGAAUAUGAAUUAAAACUCAGAGGUGCAUUGAAAGCUGGAACAUUUGGCACUGUUCUCGAAUAUGGUGCUGAGAAAAAGGUUUCUCAGCAUAGUUCUGUUGCUGCUACAGUUGCUGUGGGGGUGCCUUCUGGUGUCACAUUAGUUGUAAAGUUGGUGCGCUCUAAUCAGACUUACAGUUUUCCCAUUCACUUAAGUGAAGAAAUUGUUCCAAGUCCUGUAUUUUAUGCAACAGCAGUGCCUAUUGUUGUUUACGGUGUAGUAAAAAGACUUGUUAUAGAUCCAAUUCUGAAAGACCAGAAGGAAAGAGAAAAAGAAAAACGCCGGGAAAGUAAUAAAGCUAGAAUGGCAGAAAAGAAAAGAGAAGCCCAAGCUUCUGUAAGUUUAAUGCGGAAUACGUUUGCACGUAUACGCAGUGAAGAGGAAGUUAGGAAAGGACUGGUGAUAGUCAAGGCUUUGUAUGGUCGUUCAUUGGUAGUGUCUACAUUUGGCAACCCGUCAUCUGGUGAGAAGGACUCUGAAAGAGAGCAAACCUCAGUGGAUGAUGACGUUAUAGAUGUGACAAUUCCUCUGCAGUGCUUGAGCCAGCUACCUGGUUUUUAUGAUCCUUGUGUCGGGGAAGAUAAAGUGCUUAUGGUACAAUAUUUGUAUCAUACACAUUUACAUGAAGUGACUGUUGGAGAUACAGAAACUCUUAGGAUACCUAAGCAAACUCAUCGGGUAAAUCCAACAUGACCUCGUGCUAUUUGUUAGUAAAUUUAAAACAUUAGUAUACAAGUUGUAACUUUGUAAGUAAUGUAACAAUAAAUUUUUUCAAAGGUAUAUUUUAUUUUCAAUGUGUUUUGUAUAAUAAAGAAAUUCUUUGGAUUGUUUUUAUGGAUCCCAGUAAGUACCACUCAUUAUUUUAUUAUAUAUGCCUAUACAUUAACAGUCCAUUUUUUCAGUAAUUGCUUCAAUCUGUUGCUGCCUAAUAUUACCAGUUGGUAACAAGCCCAUUUUAGCAAUAUCGCUAAAGUUGAAUGAACUCUGUUGUAACUUUCCUUCGGUAAUCCAUGUCAAAUCCUCCUUCAAAUGGUAAGCACCAAUGUAUUUGUGAGGUGGUCCACCCUGCUGAGCCCAAUCCUGAGGUGAUAACAUAGAAAAAUAUGUUUGUCCAGAUUCUCUCUUAUACAGAUGAUAUGUGUGCCCUGGAAUUUUUCUGAAGUUGCAAGCUGCAUGAUUCAGUUCAAAACUUUCUUUAGCCUCUGAGAGAACAUGUAGUGCCUGUUGUUGUAAGAAUCGCAUCUGUUCUGCAAUUAUUUGCAGUUUGCUACAUGUUGUAGCUUGUACAAAUGUGUCAGCCUGGAAAUUUCUUCUGCUAAUGCAACAAUGUCACUACGGUCCCUUUUUCCAACUGCAUAGGGAUUUAUGAGACUAAUUCCAAGCGGUUCCCUGUUUCUUUCUACAAGAACAUUAUCUGUAGUCGUCGGCAAAUCCAUGCUUAACACACGCCUUUUCAUUCGUGAUUAAAGUUGGCACCGAACGGCACGCUUACAGACAAAAAUAUACGAGCUACUCGGACCUUGUUUACGAAGAGAUACGGGUCCUCAAAUCGACGUCACUAGCUAUCAAAUAGUAACAUCUAACAGAGAUAAUUUGAAAGAAAGUAAGGUUAAAACCUAACCUCUAAUAAAUGAAAAAAAUAUUUAAUCAUGCGUGAUAAUGGGUUCACAUAUUCUGUCAUUAAUCAACACAAGUCCAUUCUUUUCGACGCACACAGACGACAGUCCUUGGCGUGGAGACUUUGUUCUAGC